AUGGAACUAUUCAGUAAAAAAUUUAAAAGUUAUAUUGAAAAGGUUAUCAAUAAUCCUGAAAUUAUAUUAGUAGCUACUGUACCACUUAAAUCGACAAAUCCUCUAGUUGAAGGAAUUAAAAUGCAUCAAAGUGCAGUAUUAACAACGGUAAACAGGCAAAAUAGAAAUGGAAUACCUAAUGUAAUAUUAGAAAUGUUAAACAAUUUGAUAAAAUAA